AUGACGUAUGGGGCAGCCAACGCUGGGUUGGGUCGCGGGAAGCACGGCGGCAAGGCUCGCGCCAAGGCCAAGACGCGCUCGUCGCGGGCCGGGCUCCAGUUCCCGGUGGGCCGCGUCCACCGCCUGCUCCGCAAGGGCAACUACGCGGAGCGGGUCGGGGCGGGCGCGCCGGUGUACCUGGCGGCCGUGCUGGAGUACCUGACGGCCGAGAUCCUGGAGCUGGCGGGCAACGCGGCCCGCGACAACAAGAAGACGCGCAUCAUCCCGCGCCACCUGCAGCUGGCCAUCCGCAACGACGAGGAGCUCAACAAGCUGCUGGGCCGCGUGACCAUCGCGCAGGGCGGCGUCCUGCCCAACAUCCAGGCCGUGCUGCUGCCCAAGAAGACCGAGAGCCACCACAAGGCCAAGGGCAAUUUCCCUAUCAAGCCUAUUAUUUCUGGUGAAGUUUUUGGCAAAACAAAUGCAAACUAUGUGAUUUGCUCCUGACUACGUUUGACAGAAUUACAAAGAGGACAAUCUGAAAAGCCAUCAGCCAGUUUGCAAAUGGGAAUGAAAGAAACUGAGGGAGAAACUAAAAAUUCUCAACUGCAACACUGAAAAGAUGAAAUUUCAAAGGAGAUUGUCAAGUUUUAACAUCCAUCCAGUUGAUACACGUAUCUGUUGAGAGACAUAGGAACACGGAACUGGAAAGGAUACUACAGUCCAUGAAGGCAAUCUAGACCAGACCCUUCAUUUCAGAGAAGCAGAGACUAAGACUCAGGGUAACUUAGGUGAAUAGCAGUCUCUGGGAGAAGAGAACCAAAAUGCUUAUUAGAGCAGACGCCAAGGCAGUGGGAGAUACUUCCAGUGAUGGUAAUCUAAACGUGGCUCAAGCGCGAAUCUCUAGGAAAGGAGCCAGGAAACGGGACAACCACAUGCCUUGAGGACAGGAUCACAUAUUUUACCGCUAGAAUUUCUCUAGAGGGACAGUUGAUGGAUCCUUCUACCUGCUACCAAACUAAUGUACCUGGACUGAGUCCAGGGCUAACCCCAGGCCCCUCAUGGAUCACGCAAAUUUCGUGCGAGCCCAGAUUACAGUAUUGAGAUGAAGUUGAAAUGCUUCUGAAGUCUGAUCUAGCCUACCUUUCAAGUCUUGUCUCCUCCCAGCCUGCUAAUCUGCCGAGUUCCUGGGCUUUUGUCUGGUCCGACAUGGGCUGGCCCUCAUUGUGCAUCUCUGCAAUUUUUUGAUUCUCUCACAACAAAUGAAUCUGAGCAUUGCCAUGCCAGCUACGGUGAACAACACAACCCUGCUUGGCCCACUCAAUGCCU